CCCCCCCCUCUCUCAUGUUGCCCUUGAGCGCGCGGGGCAAAUCCAAUCCUUUAAAGUCGAGAAGAGCAAAAGGAGGGCGCGCGGAAAGUCGGUCGUUUCACUUUGGGAAGCUGCAGCUCCGGAACUAGGGCAUCUUACACGCAGAAGAGUCGCACAGCGCUGCUUUCACGUUCUGUGGCACAGUAGAGGGGAAAAAGAACACAACAAACACGGAAGAAGAGAAUCGUCUCCCACGAGGGAAGACCGAGCGCACUCCGGUAAAUGAACGCUCUGUGCACGUGAGAGGGGGGACACCGGGGCGCGCACCUGCCACCACGCGGCACAUGGAAGGAGUCUCGCGCAAAAGCGCCCGGAACAUGAAGUUUGGUGAAUGGUUAAAGAAUGCCAGUGGAGAGACUCUGAAUGUGUGAUGGACACCAAACUGACAUGGACACGGGACUUAAUUUGCAAUUCACACUGAAUUUGUAUCUCUCUUUUUUUUAUUUAUACCAACAGUUUCUUAAUCUUUUAUUACUUUGAUAAAAACAAAAAAAAAACCUAAAAAACUGAAAAUAGAAUACCUCCUCAUCCAGAAUGACAGUGGCAAGUUUACCAGAUGCUCUCACGUGACUCCUCUUGUAUGCCAACAUCUCUUUCCCCUGAAUUUAACGACGGCCCUUUUCUUGUUUCCUGGUUGGCGCUUGUCAUGCUGGAGCAAGCUACUUUCUUCCUCUUUGUCCUUCUGCACACGCUGGUGCAGGUUCAAGGCCAGUACGAGCUGUGCAAGUCACUCCUCACAACGGAUGAGGGCUCAGUGUGGGAGCAGCAUGCAUGCCAACCCAAGCCCCAGUCAAUGAAGGAGUUCAUGCGAAUACAUGUGGAACCAGCGGGCAUCACGUGCGGCAACCCACCAGAGAGAUUCUGUACGCUGGAGAAUCCAUACCUGUGCAGUGAUGAGUGUGACGCGUCCAACCCAGACCUGGCACACCCACCCCAGUUAAUGCAGGACCGUGAGCGCGGUGGUCUCGUCACAUAUUGGCAGACUCAGACGUGGCGGCGCUACCCCGAGCCAUUGCUGGCCAACAUCACACUGUCAUGGAACAAGAGCCUGGAGCUGACUGAUGACAUUGAAAUAACCUUUGAGUAUGGUCGGCCUACAGCCAUGGCCCUGGAGAAGUCGCUGGACUUUGGGCAAACGUGGCAGCCCUACCAGUUUUAUGCUGAUGACUGCAUGGAGGUGUUCGGAAUGAUGCCACAUCGAGCACGUGACCUCACAGCAUCCAAUGCAACACGUGUUAUCUGUACCGAACUCUAUUCACGCUGGGUGGGUGCCAAAGGUGAUAAGGUGGUGCGCUUUGAAGGACGGACCCGCUUUGUCAUCUUUGCCGGACAUCGGCUACAUGACAUGGACAGUCUACGAGCUCGUUUUGACAGCAACAAGGGCCUGCGUGACUUCUUUACCUUCACCGACCUACGUCUGCGUCUGCUCAAGCCAGCGCUCGGUGGAACAUACGUGCAGAGGGACAACUUGCUAAAGUACUUCUAUGCUAUCUCCAACAUUGAGGUGCCAGCCAGGUGUAAGUGUAACCUGCAUGCAUCACUGUGUGCGUUGGUGGACGGAACUCUGCAGUGUAUGUGUGAGCACAACACCACAGGCCAGGACUGCCAGCGCUGCAAAAAAGGCUUCAAAGCCAAAAUCUGGAAAGCAGGAUCAUACCUGCCAACUCCAAUUGGCACACCUAACACAUGUGCUCAGGCUGGUACUUCAUCUGGGUCCAAGGAUUCCGGAGCAAUUGCGGGGCCUUUGGGAAAAUAUGGAGAGAAAGGAAUAAAGGAAGACUGUGAAUGUCAUGGCCACUCCAACCGCUGCAGUUACAUCGACUACCUGAACAUUGUCACGUGUGUGAGCUGUAAGCAUAACACACGUGGCCAAAACUGUCAACACUGCCGCAUGGGCUUCUAUAGGAAUUCCUCAGUUGAACUGGACGACGAGAGUGUGUGUGUGGAGUGCAGCUGUAACCAGAUGGCUUCACUACACGAUCGCUGUAAUGGCACUGGAUUCUGCGAGUGUAAAGAAGGCGCCACAGGCACCAAGUGUGAUGAAUGUUUUCCAGGUUACUAUUGGAAGCAGGGCUGUCAUCCAAACGUGUGUGAUGAGGAGCUGUUGAUGUGCCAGAAUGGCGGUACAUGCCACCAGAACCAGCGCUGCAUCUGCCCACAUGAAUUUAAAGGUGUCCUAUGCCAACACACACGCUGCGAAGACGGGAAGAAGUGCAUCCACGGCGACCACAAUGGCACCUCUGUGCUUGCUCUGAGCCUGGCACUGCUGGUGCUGUGCCCGCUCCUCACCCUCCUGCUGGGUUCUGCAGUCCUUCUUCCUGAAACAGUGCCCGUCUUUCUCCCACCGUCACACACAUCAACACACACCUGUGACGGCGCACUGGCUAUUACUCUGCUCUGCACCCUCAAGGAACCUAGGACUUCCUGGACAUAGAAACAGGGAAGAGAAAUGACUCAAAAAGAGAGAUUUGUAAUUUUUUUGUUUUUGUUUUCACAAAAGAAAAACUAUAGCCCAAAAAGAAAUAAUAUAUACAUGUAUCAAUUAUUUAUAUAUGUACUAUACAGGUAUCAAUAAAAGAUAUGAAGAGUUUAGGCACUAUCCUGAUUAAUGAUUUAGGAAAAAACAUUCAUAGUAGCAGGAAGAGGCGGAAAUUUCAGCACUCUGAUUGGACGAGCAAGAGACGCUCUGCCUUUAUAUCACCCUGCUGUGCUGCUGUAUGUAACAAACACACUGUUAAAUGCUAAAAAGUUAUUUAAAAAAAAGAGAGAGAGAGAUCAGUAAUUUAGUAUUUGCAAGCUCAGAUCUAUUAAGGUUUUGUGCACCGUUCUGAGUCUGAGGACUGUCACUCACCACAGUUAGAGAAACACUGUAUUCAAGAAGCUCACUAUGAAACUAUGAAGACGACGGAAAAAAAAAAAAGCAAUGAUGACGCUUACAUAUCACCUUCAAAUAUUUUUGGUACAGAUUAUUUUUGUUUGCAUUUAAACCUAUACAUAAAAGGGAGGAUUUAUUACACCUGAGCUGGCCUGUAGUCCAAUCGAGAUACAGUACGUUUUUUUUUUUUAUCAGAUGACGCGUGUCUUAAGGUAUAAACGUUACACGCUGACAUAUUACAGACAUUUAUUCGGUAUGAUAGGAAAGAAAUUUCUUGUUCACAGCUUAUGAUUAAAAAAAAAAAAAAACAACAUUUAUCAAUAAUGAAAAUAAAACGUGAGGACUAAAUAACUCUCUGAUAAAGGAAAUCUAGAUGCAGCAUUGGAGCGUUUUUAGUUUGGUCACAGGGCAUCGUGCAUACACAGACUUGUUCAGAAAUUUCUCUUAGCUAAUCCACCUACUGCCAUGUUUUGAGAAAAAGGAGGUAACAAGGGAAAUUGGUUGACCCUUUGUCAACAAAUCCUGUUGGAAUUUCCAUUUUGUCCUGUAGGAUCUUGUUUGUUUUUGAUCAUCUUAUUGGAAUCUGCUUUAUUUGAAAUACUUAUUUGCCUUGUUUUUGGAAAGUUACUAGAAAUUACAGAGUAAGCUUUGGGAAUCUUCCUAUAACUAAUGACCGAAACAGAAUAAGAUGUUUACAGGAUGGGUUCUAAAACAGUUCCGUAUAGAUCUGAUUAGGGACCCGAAUGUAUACCGUUAAAAGUGCUAAUAAUACAUGAUAUUUAUGUCUUGUCCUAUACGAUGGGUCCGAAAUAGGAUAGAAAGUCUAAUUCAAAUCCCAAAGUCUCCUGCUGGAAUACAUUUUUAGGAUUUUUUUUUCACACAAGGGGCAUCAUUUCACAGAAACGUAGCCUAAGUUCAUGAUCUGAACCAGGGCCAGGGGAGCUAUGAGGCUGUAACGCUACCCUCAGCACCACCGUGUCACCAUCAGCAAAACAGAUAUUACAUAAAAUCAGAAAGUAUGAACCAUCUAUAUUCUGAAUAUAUUUGACUGAUGAAAGGUUAAGGUCACUUAACGGAAAAUAUAACGCUUGAUGACUAGAACAGUCAGCGAUAUUCAAUUAUAAAUCAAUCUACAAAUCUGAAAUAUGACCAUAGCAUUUUUUAACAAAUCAUAUCAGAACAUUAGCCAAGAACUGAAGGCGACUUAAUGAAAGCUAAACAGUAAUAAACAGUUACCUUCUCAUGACGGCACACAUUCUCCUGGCUCCUGGAUUCUCUAGUUUUGAGAUAUUAGGGAAUCUUUAAUGUAAAGGCUGCACAGUCUGGUGACAUCAUUGUAAAAACUGCAAUGUAAACAAAGACGGCAAUGUGGUCAUGUGACAUACGUUUCAGUACAAAGCAGCAUCUAGAUUUCCUGUAUCUAUAAACAGGCAGGACAGUUAGGACAACAUGUUCAGGUUAAAUACAAUAGAGAAGAGGAAAUGAUUAUAAUAUAAAUGGUAAUAUAACUUAAUAACUUAAAGUGACACUUGCACUACACUGGACGUGCUAUAUGAUGUGAUGGAUGAGGAUAUGAUCUUGCAAACAAUACAGGGUUGAAAUAAGGAAUAAAUUAAGGGUAUUCUAUUAAACAGGAAAGGAGGUUCAUGGGGUAAGGAUUACAAAUAUAUUUAUUAAAAUAGAAGAAAAUGAUCUAGCUAUUCGUGGUUUAAAACAAUAGACACACCAUAAACUACAGAAAUGCAAUAAUUAUUAUUAAUGGAUGGAUGGAGACUUUCAUUAUGAGAGAUUUUGACACUGUUGUAAACUUUACAGUAAAAAUGACUGUUAUUUGGACAAGA